UCCUAGCCGGCAGUGGUGGUGGUGGUGGUGGUGGUGGUGGUGCAAGCCAAGUUGAUCAGCAGUCGCCAAAACGCUGCACUAGCGCAUCACCAAAAGCGUCUAACGGCGGCAUCACUACAAGUGCCGCAAUUACAGUUGAGGAGGCCAUUGAUAGUACAACAAUACGAGAUGAAGGGGUAAUUGACGAUGACGCCGACAUGUCAACGACAUCAUCGCCAACAGAAAGCGCCUCAGCUGCCACAAUAGCGGCCGUAGCAGCGGCAGCUAAUGCAGCAGCCAUGCAGCUGCAAUUGUUGGAGGCGCUCAACGAUGCUGCAAAGAAGAGACGCAAACAAAAUAAUCCCAGUCGAUUGGGGGCGCAGGCAGCAGCAGCAGCCGCCGCGGCAGCACUACAGCUAAACGAGGCCAAUGAAGGGGCGCUAAUCAAUGCGACUGCAGAAGCCAUAAUUGCAGAUAANAACACUGCCAAUAGAUUACGAAGAGAAAUUAUCGAAAAUGUUCUUACCAAAGUCAAUGGAACAGCUGAAGGAAACGUUUGA